UUAAUAUCUUACUAAGCCGGAAGCUAGUAAGAAUCUGAAACCCCAGUUUAAGGACAUAUGACUACGCACCUGAUUUUUGCUGUCAAAAAAUCUCGCCACACCAACUAAAAAACAGCUGUUAAUAAUAAUUGCGAAAAUUGAAAAAAGUGAUAAAGUGCUUUUUGUUUCAAGUAGAAAGAAGGAAGGAAAGAGUGAAAUAAAGAACGGAUAAGGUUCCAGUGGUAAAAGCAAAGGAUGCUCGAAAGAAGUGGCGAAAUUUGGGAGACUAGUUUAGUAAAGAAUUAAAAAAAAUUCCAAAAUUGAAAUCGGGAGCUUCACAAGACAUAUCAGCAAUAUAUACUGGGAAGUGGAAGAUACAAUAAUCCCAAGAGAAACAUUUGGAAAUUUGUCGACGCUGUUGGAAGGUUUAACAACUGCAACUGAAGCAAAUAAUGAAGUGUCAACUGCGGAAGUAAGCUAUACCGGACCAACUUCCGCUGAAAUACGAUUUUCCAUUAAACCCUCGCCUGUUCGUCCUAGGAGAAAAAAGAUCAAUAUGUAAAUGACGUGGAGGAUAGGCUUUUAGAUAUUGAAACCAAAAAGCUAGCUUUGCUCAAAGUAAACAAAUUCACGCAUUUUCCACGACUAUGUCAUCUGUUUUUCAAUUUUUUAUUUGCCUAAAAAUAAUAAUUAUUUAUUAUUUAUUGUAAAAUUAAUCAUUAUCACUGAAGAAAAUAUUAAAACUCAAUGCAUAAUCAUUAUUACGUGAUUUUUAAAAUAAAACUUAGAACCAUUACGGUCUUUGCAAUGUAAGUACGACAAAUAUUCGUCGUCGCCCGUAUAUAGCUGCCAUACAAACUGAACGAUCAAAGCCCUUGUACUUGUAUGGUAAACUUUUUUAUUUGACAAGAUAUUUUCACGAGGUUUGGCAUGGAUUAUGUUCUCCUAAGAAACUGCUCAGAUCGGACCACUGAGGUAUACGGCUGCCAUACAAACGGAACCAACAAAAUUAAGUCCUUUUAUGGAAAACUUUUUUAUUUGACUAGAAAUUUGGCACGGAUCAUUGCUAUAUAUGUAUAUGAACAUAGUUACAUUUUUCAAGAUAAGAAAAUUGUUUAUAGCGUUUAGUGUAAGUUAGGUGUAAUUAAAAUAAAAAGCUGUAUUAAAAUAAAAUAAUAUGUUUGUAUGUAUGUAUGAGUAUGUAUACCUACAGCAAAAUAUUUGAAAUAAAUACAUGUUUCUAUUCUUUAGUUUUUUUAAUAACCAAAAAGUUUCUAGAUAUUUUUUAUCUUUAAUAUCAAUUUACAUAUUUAUAUUAUAUAUUUGUGAUGGCUUUUUAAUGCAUGACAGCUGCUGUUACAUGGCAUUACGCUUAACGAUUAAAAAAGGUAAACAAAUAUGAGGAAAGAUAAUAUAAAAACAGCGUUAUUGUAUAUUUAAAUAUGCAACAACAACAACAGAGCGACAAGAAUUCACUGAAGCUGCAACUUCUUGUUCCUUCAUUUCACUUAUACUCUGUGCUAUGCGUCAUCAAAAGUUAUAUUCGUGUAAUAUUUGUAUACUCUCGCAAUAUGUUGCUACAGAAUAUAGGUUUUGUUAACUCUCCAUAUAACGGUUAAGUUGUAAACUACGGGAAGUGCGAAAGCUUUCUUAAUAAAUACGUAUCUGACGUACUUAUGUAUUCAGAAAAUUGCGUGGAAACAUGUUCAUGUACAUAUUUGCUUAUCAUGUCGACCGAAGAGGAUUUUCUUGGCGCCUACGAGCGCAUUAAAGCUGCUAACAAAUGUAUUUUUGGCUGCAUUGCUAAAGCCAUUGAACAUGAAGAACAGGACCGACCUUUGGAGGCUGUUACGGCUUAUGAGUCUUGCUUGCAACAAAUUGACGAAACAUUUGCGAUAUCUGUGGGACUACCGGAAAAUGUUGAUGCUGUAGCGGCUGAGUGGAGUGACGCUUGUACAAUUGUACAAAAGCUAAAGGGAGCCAAAGUUGAAGUGAGCUACCGUUUGAAGGUGUUACGUAGCCAGCAUGCAAGUGUUGAUAACACUGCCGCGGAAGCAAAAGAAGAUGAUUCAGAUUCUCUACCUGGUGACGGUGCAGCACCAAAUGAAGAAGCAAUUGAUGGACCCACACCAAAGAAAAAAUCUCUUUUACUAGAAAAUCCUGUAGUUUAUAAAGGUGAUGGCGCUGCAAAUAGUGCGACUAGUCAUUACCGCAAAGUUUUGACCGAUUUACGUCGCGUUAUCGCUGAUCCCUAUGACGUGGGCAUACUUUUUGACACACUUUUUACGUCGCAGGCGAAAUUGUACAAAAUUCAACCUGAAGGCGUUGUUGUGACUAUGGGCGAAAUCUCCAUGUCUCUAGUUAUGUGCACCACACCCAGUGACGACCAAUGGAAGCAUUUAAACGGCGUCUCAUUUAUACAGUGCACAAUUCCAACAGAUAAGUCACUUCACAACAACAAUACUGAUAUUCAAGUGCCCAGAAAGCAGUCGCCACAAAUGAUUUGGCUGUAUGCCCUACUACCAACAAUAACCAAUUGUUAUAGAACUAAUUACGGCGCAUUUAUUUUGCCUGAUUUAGAAGUCGAUGAGCCAGGGCAUGCAUUUGGACUAAUGCUUGUCGACAGCGAAAGCACUGUUGAUGGCGCUGAGCAAGCUGCUGCACAGCCAGAGGAACAAGAAGAACUAAGCGAUUUGCAGCAAUUCUUUUUGGAUCUGCUCGAGGCGGUACUCUCUGGUCAUGUUGAACUUUUACAACAGCCAACAGUGGGAUCACGCAUGCCGCGCGAUACUAGCGAACAGGUCUCGCGCCAUAUCGUCACGACAGCCGACUUCAUAGCGCGCAAUCUGGUGCGUGGCGCAGAGAAGACGGGUGAGUUAAUGGUGAAGACCACACCGUACAUCAUUUCAAAAAUGAAGCCAGCGCCACCGGAUGCGCCGCCAGUUUCGUCAACCGUGCAAACCUCAGUGGCGGUGGCGCGCGAUGUGACGCAUGCGGCAGCGGGCGUCACUGGUUGGAUAGCCGGCAAGGUGGGCUCCGCCUCGAUGGCUAUCGGCCGCUACCUAGCGCCACAUGUGCAAAACGCUGGCUCCGCAUUAUUGCAGAAAGGCUUUGGCUAUGACACCAGCGAAGCGAACAGUAAAAUGGAAGGCGCUAUGACAAUAGCUGCCGGUGCGGUGGAGGGUUUCAGCACCGUUUACAAUGGCCUCGAGACGUCAGCGAAGAUACUGGGUACAAAUUUGAGCGAAAACUCAGUGAAAAUAAUUGAGCAUAAAUAUGGCUCCUCAGCCGGCGGUGUUGCAGCCGGCACUUUCGAUACUCUCGGUAACGCUUUCAAUGUCAGUCAAAAUGUGAACUACAUUACGCCUAAGGGUUUGGCGAAAAAGAUGGCUAAGAAUACGGGCAAAGCUGUCAUUGAUGAUUAUAAAACUAAAUUACGACAUCCGGAAACACAUUUUGUCCCAGCGGGCACACUCUACCCGGAUUUGCGUUCGUUGAAGGAGUAAUAGAGAGUCUGAAUUACGUUUCAAUAACUCAGAAGAUAUUGGUAUUGUGGCUGUAUAUAGUGCGUAGGGUAGGGAGAACAAUCGUUUUACAUUGCUUAUGAACAGAGCUGUUAUUUUUUACCAAUGUAAGGUACUCAAGGAAGCUUUUAUUAACUUCGUAUAUAAAGAUCGAAUUAUACUUUAUUGUUUUUAUUAUAAUUGGUUUAUGGAAAAAACGAAACACCAAUAAACAAUAUUAAUCUAAUAUUAAAACUUUUGAAAA